CAUCAUGGCGUCAGUACGAGUGAGUGAGUGUUGGUGAAAUAACGUGUCUCUGACAGCUGGAUUCGUCGAGAUAUUUGCUCAUGUUUUUUGUGUGUGAAUUAAAGUGAAUUGUAUAUUUUCCUCCACGUCGCGUAGCUUCAAAGGUGGCAAGACGAGACGAUGAGCGCCCCCGAAGAAACAACGGCUCUUCUGGGCUACGGACGCGGAAGUCAGCCCAGGACUGCGAGUACCCCGCCCUUGCCUCGAAGGAGCGUCUUCGAAGAAGUUGAUCCGCUUCAACAGUCACGGCAGAAGAAGCAAAGCACUACCCCGGGUAUCAGUACAUUGAGGGCAGUCUGCUAUAUCCUUGGCGUCUUUGGAGUUGUGCCCAUCAUUGCCCUUCCAGGGGCAAUUGCAUAUUGUGGCUGGGUUGGAUUCAUUCUCGCGAUUGUACUGGUGGCAACCGAAGUGUACACAGCCGUGCUUUUAGGGAAAACCUGGCUGAUGAUGGAAGUGUUUUGGCCUCGAGAGGCCACGAUGAACCGAAGAAAUCCCUAUCCGGCCCUGGCAGAAAAAGCUGGCGGAACCAUACUUCGGAGGAUAGUAGCUGUCAUGCAAGAUUUGGCCUUGUUCGGAGCAGCGGUGCCUUUCACGUUAAUUGCUGCCGAAAGUCUACAAGGGCUAGUUGCGUGGCUGUUCGACCUCGACUUUUCCUUUUGCUACUGGCUCUUCAUCACGACCGCUCUCCUCACUCCGCUAUUUUGGUUCGGUACACCGAAGGACCUCGGCAUUGUCACGUGGAUUGGUGCCAGUUCUGUGAUCGUCGUGAGUGUGUUGACUCUUAUCAGCCUAAUUCUGGACUCACCGAGCACCCACGAUCCGCCGCCUGCCUUCACUACCUGGACGGCUGCCGCAUACUGCUUUGGAGCUAUAGCUUUUCAGUUCGAUAUACAUCCUAUGAUUCUCACAGUACAAAUGGACAUGAAGAAGAAAAGCCAACUACCUUUGGCCAUCAUCAUUGCUUUCGUUGUUGGCAUGAGUCUAUUCAUCACCAUCAGCGGCGUCGCCUUCUCUUACUACGGAGAUGGAGUCAAGCCCAUCAUUUUACACAACUUAUCCCAAGGCCCGUUGCUGUACGCAAACAUGGCAAUUGUCGCUUUGCAGGUACUUAUGUGCGUGGUUCUUGGGAGUAACGCCUUAUUUCAAGAUCUGGAAAAUACUCUUCAGAUCCCUGAUGAAUUUGGCUGGCGUCGCAUCUGUCUGAGAACAGCUGUUGUCCUGCUUAUUCUCUUCGUGUGCGAAUCUGUUCCUCAUUUCGGUGUGGCCAUUGAACUAGUUGGUGGACUCUUGGUAACACCUUUCAUCUUCGUGUUUCCACCAGUUUUUCAUAUAUUGAUAAAGCAGAAGGCAAGUGGGAGAAUUGACGUCAAGGACAUCGUUGUAGCGGGUAAUGUCAUCACCUUAGGAGUUCUUGGGUGCAUUGCAGCUACCACCGAAAGCUUUAUUCAGUUGUCUCAGCUCAAGGAGUUUGCUCCACCGUGUUACAUCAAUAUAUCUGCCGUAUCUACAUACAGAGACGCGAGCUUCCCUUCUUAGGUGCAAGAUCAACUUCUUCAAAACUACCGAGAAAUAAAAGCUAAAAAAAAUCACAGAGCCUUUUGUAUUACUGCAGCUGUGCGGAACAAAUAUCACAUUAUUUUGUUAUAUAUCAAAUGCAGUGACUGAAGUCACAGAGGAGUGUUAGACAGUUGGUGCAAAUCAAAGUACUUUCCAUUACUUUUUUUCGAAUGGGAAAUAAACUGUUUUGUUGAAAACGAAUUACCACUGAUCAUGUAUGUUGCAUCAGCGUGCCUGUAUUUAAUUAAUAAAUAAACUAUCAUACUCAAA